GUUUGACCGACAGAUCUUCUCGCUUCCCUCCGUUUCCCAUUAAAUCAAUAUCUUUUGGUCAAGAGGUAUUUAAGUCUUAUUCAUCCCGUUGUACCUGAAAUCCAGCUUGUCUUGCGAUUGCAAAGCUACCUACCUACCUAUCUUACUCAUAUUCCAUCCUGCAAAAUAGCCCAUAGUCCGUGUUAAUUUCCACGCAACCAUCUAUCAAAAUGUCUUCUUCAAGCCAGACUAAGAAUUCCCAGCGAGUCCAGACUACUAGCCUACCAUCCGUGACUCUACUUCAUAGGUUAUGCAAACGUCUUAAGCCUAUGAUGACUUACACCACUUAUCUCAGCCAACAGCAACUGAAUGAUCUCGGGGUAAAGUGUACGGAGCUGGACUUCGACACCGGGAUACCAGCAGAUGAAGGCCCAAGGUUCCUCCAAUUGGCACCACUAGAGCACAUUGAAACCCUCGCCAAAGAGAAUAAUCUGAUUGAGAAGUAUAUCGUCAACACCUCGUUCGAAACCGAUGACAACUGGCAUACCAUGCGGGCUAUUUCAUACUUCUACACCUACGACCUCUUCCGGUUCCCCUCUGAAAUGGAUAAAUACAAAUACACAGCCAACGACCAGGAUAUGCCGUAUGAAACUGUGCUCGACCACAGCCCUUGGUCUAUUAGCUACGAAUAUUGUGACAGUAUUAGGAUGGAUGGAUUCCACUGGGGCACCUACUUUGCCUUAAAGCUUAGCGACAACUCUGAGCCGGAUAUGAUAUGCUUCCUCGGAAACACCAACCCGCUCGAUGACGAGAAGAUCUAUAUCGGUGAACUGUGGUGCAUUGCUCGGUUUAGCGGCAGCCAAUUGAGCCAGAAGGAACACCGCCAUAAUCAGACAGCCUCUGUUACCGUCGUGUCGGGCUCGGGCAGAAGCCUCCGUGUAGUGCAAGGUUAUGUUAAUACCAAUGAUGAGUCCGUCGUCGUGCGGAAAUCAGCCAUUAUUGAGCUCAAGGGUGAUGAUGAGAAUAACUUGAAGAAACUUCUGCAGGUCUGUCGUUGGUUCUUAGCCCAGCCAUGCAAGAAAUAACCGUCGCACCUGGGGGAACCUGAAAUUCAAUUUGGGACAUGAUCAUUCGAGGCUAAUCUCCUUAAGUUUAUCUACAUAUCACUUACACUCCUUCUCUAUAAAUCUCUUUGUUGAUCUACACGUAUGCAGAUAUACCAGAAUGCAAGGCAUAGGUAGUUAUAUAGAUCAGUUAAAAUUCGUGGUCCUUGGUUACCUACCUGGCAGAUCCCUUUGCCUUUUACCUAGGUGUUAGUGUCUAACUAUGAUAUCCUUGUAUUGAUUUCUACUCUUUAAAGAAUAGUUUAAGCAAGACUAAUAAUAUUAUCACUUGCG